GUGUGUCAUGCCCGUGCCAACAUGGGCGUGUACGUGUAGGCCAUUCUCAUGCUUUGCUCGCCGGUGUAUUUUGGUCUCCGACAUGCUCCAAGGCAAUCGUGAUACCUAUAAAAAAGGCACUACAUCCCACUGGAGAGCCGUAUUCAUGGCAAGAUUUGCUUCAUCUCAGCAGCACGUAGCUCCAGUUAUGUAUCACCACCAGGCCAAGCGCAAGCGCGGAUCCGAGUCGCCGCCGCCGCCGCCGCGAGGAAGGGACAAUGAUUUCCGGGCCCCACCGUCUCGAGCUCAACCAUUGCCAAAGUCGGCCAAUUCCCCCUCCAAGGAUGAGAAAACAGCGUCGACCGCAGAGCUGUUUAGGCCUUUAGCCGAGGAGCUGGAGCGGCUUGAUGAGACGGACCCCGUUCUGGCCGCACAGGCGGCGCGCCUCGUGGCCCUCUAUCGGCGCAUGUGGGAUUCCUACAUCUUGAAGCACGCUGAUAGCCAGCGGCUCGAGAAGGAGAAUCGCCGACUGGAGACCAAAAACGCGUCUCUCGAGAAGGAAAAGCGCGACCUCGAGGGUCGCUACGAGGAGCAGAGGACGCUCCUUACCCAUUUCCAGAAAUCGUUUGAAAGUGUUCAAGAUGGGAUCACUAGGAUUUGCGAUAGCUGGAAGGAUGCUCCGGCCGUGCUGCUGGAGAGCAGGGGUGAAGGUCGGCCGGUCGGAAACGACGGCCACGCCCCGGCUGAUUCUCCCUCUAUCACUCCAGCUGCCAAUCAAAAGGCCCCGGCUCCCGCCUCGGCCCCAGUUCCGACAAAAGCCUGA